UUUUUUUUUUCUUUCUUUUGGGUUUAUAAUAAAUUUGGUAAGAGACGGUUUCAUUUCUCUUUACCAAACGCGAUCUUCACGUGUCCUUCUGUGUCUUUCUUGCUCUUUUUCUGUUCUGUAGUCUGUUUUCUCUCUCUAUAAAUCUCUACACCGUUUUGUUUUUAUUUGACGGUGAUUAAAUAUAUGUGUGUGUGUGUGUUAAAACCUGUAUAUAGGGAGUGAUAGAGAGUGAUUUCAUAGGGUUUACAGAGAUUUCAGAGAGAAAAUGGAAGGCAGGAAGCCAGCGAGCAAAUCUUCCUCAUCGUCCUCGUCAACUUCUGAGAUGUUUGGGUCUCGAGAAAAGUACCCUUCACCGUCUUCUCCAGGGCUGUUUGGUUCCAUAUUUGCGCCAACCUCAAAGGUGUUAGGGAGGGAAUCAUUGCGCACCGAGUUGAGAAGGCAGGAGUAUGCUAAUGGUGCCUGGAACACCAAUCCCGGACGUCCAGUUGAUGCUCUGGAGAACAGUGAAGGCGAAGUCAAGAGCAUGCCAAAUCGGGACAUGAGUUACAUGUAUCAUGACCAACGAGUACAACCAAGUCCUCUCAGUUCAUCAAUCUUUUACGGUGGUCAGGACGUAUAUAAUCACCCUCAGAGUACCCAGAGCACUGGAGUGAAUUCUGUGUACAAGAAAGAUGGGAGUGAAGAUGAUUCAGGUAUUGCUUCAAGAGGAAACUGGUGGCAAGGGUCUCUUUAUUAUUGAUGGCUCACUCACCAUGGAUAUACAUACCUAGGUAGAUUCCUUUUUCAUUAUAUGAAGAUAGCUAGUCAGAUCAUGGCAGAAAGCUGGUGUUUGUCGCUUUCUCCAUCCUGGCAACAUCGUUCUAUGAAGUAUGAACUGAUAGUUAUGUUUUUUCUCUCUUUCUUCGUGUUAAAGAAUUAUGAACUCAGUAGUUUUUUAAGGACUUAUUCAACUACACCGUUGUAGUUGAACCCUGAAUUGGGAAGUCAUCUUAAUUAUUGUUCUAUAAUAGUCGUAUUUUGAUUUCAGUUUUGGAAAUAUCUUUAUUA